UAAUAACUCAAGGCGCUUUCCAAAAAAGACAUAAAAAUUAAAUCUAGCAAAAUGUAUGAGUGCCAUAAAUAGUAAGAAAAAUUUAUUUAAAUUUUUUUAAUAUUAUCUAACAACACUAUUUGACCACAUAAAAAGAAGAAAAAGAGAAACAUGAUGAUGAAAAAAGUGUACAAUAUGUCUAAAACAUGCUACACAUAAUAGGCCAAAUAAGGAAGAACAUGAGUAUUAAUGUAAAAAUCCUCUUAACAUUUAGCAACCUUUUAACAAUUAUGCACAACACUUAGAUUAGAACAGACAUAUACACAGAAAAAAAGAGAAAGAAAUAAAACUAACAACAACACAAAAUACAAAAAAAGGAGAUACAUCAACCAAAGUUGCAUUUAAAUUUAGAGAUUUUUUUUUUAGAAAUACUAAAAAUAAAGCACCAUUAUACUAUUAAAAAAAACUUCUUAGUUGUAUUAUGCAAAUAAAUAUAAUAAAUACUGGUCCAACAAUGGCUGCAUCAGAGCCACCAGAACCACCACCGCGUAAUCCGGAACGUAUUAAUGCAACAUUACAUAAACUUGCUGAAUCUAAAAAUAUUAAAUCAUUAGAUUCAUCAGUGUUAAAUGAUAAAACAGUCAACAACAAUAAACCAUUGAAAACAAUUUUAUCACUGGACACAGCAACAUCAGCAGCAACUGUUGCCAGUGGCAAUACAGCAACCGGAAAACUAGUUACAACAGUAAAUAAUUUACCAUCACCAUCUGGUCCAGUUGGGACAAUAGCAGCAUCUGCUACAGGUUUAUAUUUUAAUAAACAACAACAACAACAGAAACUUCAGCAGCAACAACAAAAUGAUUUAACUCCCAGUGGUGGUGAGAGUACAACAUCACCGUUGAGUUCAAAUGGUAGCAAUCAUACGCUUACCUCACCAAUGACGAUUGAACAUCAGCAACAGCAGCAACUACAUCGUAUAAAUUAUCAAACAACAGCAGCAGCAGCAGCAGCAACAACAACAUCAGCGGCAGCAGCAGCAACCUUAAUUAAAGGCAGUAGUGGUGGUGGUGGCCUAGAAACCACAUUAGUUGCAUCACAUAUGACGCAACAGCAAAAUGGUAGUGGCCAACGUGGUAGUGGCGUUGGUGGCCUAUUAAGUGAACAGCAACAACAACAGCACAAUCUCCAACUACAACAAUUGAAUAAUCAUCAUUUAAUUAAUGGCGGCAGUACAGUAGCAACAAACACAACAACAGCAGCAGCAACCGGAAGUAGUGGUAGCAGUCUUGGCUCCUCAAGUAAUAACAGUAAUCAUAGCAACAGUUUAAGUGGCUCGAAUGCCUUUAAUAUCAAUAACUUAAUUACCACACAUUCAACAACAUCUGCAGCAUUAAAUGCCACACAUAAUUUACAAACAUCUUUAGAUUCUCCGACAAAAUUACGCGAAGAAAACGAACGACUAAACACCGAGAUUCACCGUCUACGAAAACUGCUUGAAAACUCUCCCGAAGGUGCGGUGGGUGGUAUAGAUCUUUCCGAUUCAAAUAGCUGUGGCGAUGGACAAUCUACAGACGGCAGUGGUUCUAAUACUCAACAGAGAAUUGAUCGUUUGGAACAGGAAUUACGUUCGGCUAAAAAUCAAUUGAUGUCGCUGCGCAUCGAGAGAAAAAAACUGAGAAGUGAUAAAAAUGAAUUAGUGGGACAAGUAAAACAAUUGUGCGUCUCACUGCAGGAAAAAGAACAAGAACUAAGAGAUUUUAUACGUAACUAUCAGGAUCGAGUAAGAGAAUCAGAAAGCAACAAUGCCAAACUUUCGGGUGAUCGUGAGCGUGAAAGAUGGCAGCUAUUGAAACAGGCCAGAGAUGAAGCUGAACGGUCAUUGGCUUUGGCUCAACAAUUGAGUGCAAGAGAUUUACAGCUGCAAAAACUACAAGAACAAUUACAGAGACAAAUGUCGGGUUGUAUGUCGGAUCAAGAAAGUCUUCUGUCUUUUGCUCCUCUCACACCUCCUUCUGCAGCAUCUGGUUUACUAAAUCAAAUGCCAUCGAGCAGUGCCGGAGUGGUGAAUUAUCGUAACGAUGAUAGCGGGCGUGGCAAUUCAAAUUCUUUGUCGGCCUUUAGUAAUAGUUCGGGUAACACGGCGGGCGAUCGUAAUUCAUGUUCAAAUGAUUCAGUGCUGAGAAAUAACAGUGAUCGUGAGAGUACUGGUGGUGACAUUAACUUUAGUGAUGGUAUAUCUGAUAAUGGUCCCUGCAUUACAGUCGAUCCGGAUAGUAUAUCAUUGGUAUCUAGUCAAAAUAUGUAUCAGUAUGGUACCCCUAAAGAGAGGAGUCCUACGUUAUCUCCAUUAAAUUCAGCUGCAUACUCCAGAUCUGUGGAACAACUGGGCUCUCCUGUUGAUUCUGAUGGCCCUGGAGCUGUUGCUAGAAAAUUUGCUCCAAAAUCUAGCAAUGCUGCCUUAGGUGCACGCAAUGGCCGCGGUGGUACCUGGGGUAGUAUAUCGAGAGUUUUUGCUAGAUCCAGAAAUAAAAAAGCCCUCUCAGCAGAUGGAGCCACCGAAUAUAAUGAUUACUCCUGGAGCCCUCUAUCCGAAGAGGGUUAUGCCGAAAAGUUACGUCUGUUGCGUGAAGCUUCUCUACCCAUGGAAAGAUGGCGUGCCUCACAAGUUUUAGCCUGGCUAGAAGUUGCGCUCGGUAUGCCACAAUACAGCACACGCUGUUCGGAAAAUGUUAAAAGCGGUAAAGUUUUAUUGGAAUUAAAUGACAUAGAGCUUGAAGCUGGUCUUGGUUUAGCCCAUCCUAUGCAUCGUAAAAAGUUACGCUUAGCCAUUGAGGAGCAGAGAAGACCGGAAAUGGUACGUUAUCCCAUGAUAACACAAUUGGGACACACAUGGGUGGCUUCCGAAUGGUUACCCGACAUAGGUUUGCCUCAGUAUGCUGAAUCAUUUUUGCAUUCACUCGUCGACGCGCGUAUGUUGGAUACACUGUCGAAAAAGGAACUGGAGAAAUUUUUGGGGGUGACGAGAAAAUUCCAUCAAGCCAGCAUUGUGCAUGGCAUACACGUUUUACGUAUUGUUAAAUAUGAUCGACAAACUCUGGCUAUGCGUCGUGUACAAUCGGAAAAUGUUGACACAGAUCCUAUUGUGUGGACCAAUCAACGUUUCAUACGCUGGGCUCGUUCCAUUGAUUUGGCCGAAUACGCUGAUAAUCUUAAAGAUAGCGGUGUUCAUGGUGGAUUAGUUGUUUUAGAACCAUCAUUUUCGGGCGAUACAAUGGCAACAGCACUGGGUAUACCACCCUCGAAGAAUAUAAUACGACGACAUUUAUCAACGGAAUUUGAUGCAUUGAUACUACCCGCCAGAGCUACUUUGGGUCAAGGCAUACGUUCCGGUUGUGGUAUUGUACCCAUAACUGGUCCCGGCGGUUUACAACACUAUGGCACAGCCGAUAGACGUUCCAGUGGCAGUUUAAGGAUAUCGGCAUGGAAAGGAUCACAGAGCUCUCUCUCAAAAGCCUUCCGUUUUAACGCAAAAUCAUCCCGCAGCGGUAGCUCAAUUGGCGACCGCACCUCUGUUGGGAACUCCACCUCCCCAACACCAUCGUUUAGCAGCUCAGAAGGCGGCGGAGGAAUUUACGCCACUAUAGGCGGUUCACAUCAUUUUACCCACCAUUUUCCCCCACCUACAACAGCACCACCUCCACCACCCACCCAAAAUUCGCACUAUCAACAGCAGCACUACUAUCAACAACAGCAGCUGCAACAUCAGCAACAACAAAAUUCUGUUGCUGCAGCAACAGCUGCUCAUCGUGUAAGUGCCCCACCCUCAGGUAGUGGUAUUGAAGCCAUAUCAGAUCCAAAUCUACUCUAUGAACAACAUCGACGUGUCAAGAGCAUUAAUGAUAUCGGAGCAACAGCAGCGUCUGCUUAUGGUUCGACUUCAGCUUUGGCACGAGACCGUUUAAGUAGUGGCCUAAACAGUGGUGCGGACUCGGCUAGUAUAUGUAGUGGUCUUAGUGGUACUGGUGCUAUAAUACAUGAAAAUAAUCAUGGUGCCUCGACAGCAUCGUCUAACUCACCCGUAUGAGAAUCAAUUAUAAUGUAAGUUCUCCAUUUAAAACGAGACUUGCAUUUUGCACUAAAAUUUAAUGAAAAGCGAGUGAAUUAAAAUAAAUCUAUAAAUAAUAAUAAUAAAAACCAUAAUUCAACUGAAUACUUUAACUGGAAAUAAAAUUAUAUUGAAAAUGUAGGUUAAAUUAAUUUUGUUUUUUUUAUUUAAUUUAAUUUUCCAUACAAUUUAAUUUAAUUAUAAUGGCAAACACAAACUAUUCAUUAGUUUAAUUAAGUUACAUGUAGUUAGUUUUUACACAAUUACAAAAUAAUUAUAAAAAAGAACCUUUAAUUAAAGAAAUUUAUAUAAAACUGCACUUGCAAAUAAUUAUGCAAAUAUAUAUUUUUUUUUUGUUUUUUGUAUUUUUAACAAAAUUGCUUAUGCAAACUUGCAAUAGUUUGAAAACCCUCUAUGGUGGCAGCAUCAUUAUUUAUUUGCCAAUUAUAAUUCCAAUGAGAGAAAGAGUUAUUUUUGGUUUAAAUGUUUCAAAUAAAUUCCAUAAAUACUUGCAAUUUAUUGUUGUCUCCCUAUUUCACUCUCAAUUAUUCAGAGUUUGGUUAAACACAAGUUCAUUGUUGCGUUUAUUUCAGCAUUAAAUGCUUCAAAUGCCAAAAUAGUUAAUAAUUAGUGUCGUUAUUGUUGUGCUGCAUCUGAUUUGGGUUUUUCAAAAAUAUUUCCAUAGACUUGUGGCAAGUGGGUUUUCAAAAUAACAAUAAAAUGAAUAACUAAUUUUGCGGCUAAUAGUUAUUGGUUGGAAGACAUAUGUAUGUGUAUGUAUGUCAGUGGCAUAAAAGAGUGGUUUCGAUUAAAAUUAUAUAUACAUAAAGAGGCAAGACUAUAGACUGGUCUUUAGACUUGACUAUGAACUAUAGUUCUAACGGCAGAUCAGUCGAUUGUACAGACUAAAUAUCUCCAGAGCUCAGUCAAUAGUUCUUAAUAUAUGUAGUUCAAACCUGCAUAUUGAUAAAUGUACAGUCCUGACUAUAGAUAAGUCUAUAUUUCUCUUUGUAGAUCAAUCUAUAGUUCUGACUAUAGAUCAGUGUAUAGUACCGACCAUAAAUCUGUCUAUAGUCCUGAUCAUUAAUCAGUUAAUAGUCCUGACUAUAGGUCUGUCUAUAGUUCUGUCUAAAGUUCUGUUUAUAGAUCAGUCUGAAGUCCUGACUAUAAAUCAAUUUAAAGUCCAGAAUAUAGAUCAACCUAU